AUGUCCGAAGAUCCAAAAACUGAUGGCGAACACCGUCACCAUCACCACCACCAUCACCACCAUAGUCACCAGAAGCAGCAAGGUGGCUCUUCAGCUCCAAUCUCAGGCAAUAGAAUCGGCAAAUACCAGAUUAUCAAAACUCUAGGGGAAGGAUCCUUCGGCAAGGUCAAGUUGGCAGAGCAUUCCACCACGGGCCAGCGUGUUGCUUUGAAGAUCAUAAACAGGAAGACAUUGGCCAAAUCUGACAUGCAAGGCCGUGUGGAGAGAGAGAUUUCUUACUUGCGCUUGUUGAGACAUCCACAUAUCAUCAAGCUUUACGAUGUGAUCAAGUCAAAGGAUGAAAUUAUCAUGGUUAUUGAGUAUGCUGGGAAGGAGUUGUUCGAUUACAUUGUGCAAAGAGGAAGGAUGCCAGAAGAUGAGGCCAGAAGGUUUUUCCAGCAGAUCAUUGCAGCUGUUGAGUACUGCCAUAGACACAAGAUUGUUCAUCGUGACUUGAAGCCAGAGAAUUUAUUGUUGGAUGACCACCUUAAUGUGAAAAUUGCUGAUUUUGGUUUGUCCAACAUCAUGACCGAUGGUAACUUUUUGAAGACGAGUUGUGGGUCUCCCAACUACGCUGCGCCCGAGGUCAUCUCUGGUAAGUUGUAUGCGGGCCCCGAGGUUGAUGUAUGGUCUUCUGGUGUGAUUUUGUACGUCAUGUUGUGUGGCAGAUUACCUUUUGAUGACGAGUUUAUCCCAGCUUUGUUUAAGAAGAUCAGUAAUGGAGUCUACACGUUACCCAACUACUUGUCUGACGGUGCCAAAAACAUCUUGACAAAGAUGUUGGUCGUCAACCCUCUCAAUCGUAUCACUAUUCAUGAGAUCAUGGAGGAUGAAUGGUUCAAGCAAGGUAUUGAGGAUUACUUGUUACCACCAGACUUGUCUAAGACCAUACACAACAAGAUUGAUAUCGAUGAAGACGUCAUCAACGCCUUGAAUGUGACGAUGGGUUACGACAGGGAUGAGAUUUUGAGUGUUAUCAACUCUUGUAACAAACAGCAGUACCCUCAACAACAGUCUAACGAAAUUCUUGACGCAUAUUUGUUGAUGAAGGAGAAUCACACUCUUGUCAAGGAUUUGAAAAAGAAUAAGACCGAACACAUGGAUAACUUCUUGUCUCAAAGUCCACCACCCCAAUGGAAUCCACCAGCUGGAAACGAGGUGCAAGCAACGCAUAGGGCUCCCGGCGUGCUGCAGUCACUAACAUACCAAACCUUAGCAACUGUCCCUGAUUUGUCGACGUUACCCAACUCCACGAUUGCCAUUCUUCCUUCGUCUUUGCCAUCAAUACACAGAGCAUCUAUGAUGAAUCACUCCGCUUUGGGCUCAAACAAAAUCAAUCCCGUCUCAUCGAAGAAGCUGAAGACUAAAUGGCAUUUCGGUAUAAGGUCUAGAUCCUACCCACUAGAUGUCAUGGGUGAAAUUUACAGAGCGUUGAAGAAUUUGGGAGCCGAAUGGGCCAAGCCUACUGAGGAGGAGUUGUGGACCAUCCGUGUGCGUUGGAAGUACGGACCCUCUAUGGUCGACGAGACAGUCAAGGAUGGUGAGUCUGUUCCUCCAGCUUUGAUGAAGAUGCAAAUCCAGUUAUUCCAAUUGGAGCCUAAUAACUACCUUGUCGACUUUAAGUUCGACGGCUGGGAAAGCUCUUCUCCACAAGAAGGAAAAUCUCCAGUGAAACAGGAUCUAGACGAAAUGGGUUCAUUCUCUGCUUAUCCAUUUUUGCAUUUAGCUACUAGACUUAUCAUGGAGUUGGCAGUGAAUUCCACCCAGGCACAGUGA